UCUGCGCGAUCGGUUUAAAUCGAAAAUACUCGCGCCGUACCCGCGGCUGCCGCGAACAUCGGAACACAUUCUAAGAACAAGCGAAACAGUGCAACAGUGAUAUGCUUGCGUCCCAGUCCCAGUUCCAGUGCUAUUAUUUAGUGAAUUGUGUAUGAUAGUUUACUGAUCAUCGGACUCCCCAUCAUCAUCGUCAUCGUCAUCAUCAUCAGCAGCUCGCACGGUGGGCCCAGGUCUGCCCCGCGCAGCCUGGUCUGAGUCUGAGGACUAUAGACAGCCCGGGUACUGUCCAGUAGUGCACCGCGGCGCGAAACGAACUGUGGAUUACUCAACAAAUAAUAGUGCAGUAAUAAUUGAAUGAUCUUUGACCGCCAGAUUGUCGCCGAAAGUGCGACAGUGCAGCGGACGCAGAACAAUAAACCCGGCGCGUCAACGCCGGCCGCCGAACUGACCGUUCACUGGACCGAUCAGGGAGAGCCACUGCCUGCCGCCAACGUGAUUGCGUGAUCCUUCAUCCAUCUCCCCGCCCCCCUACCGACGACGCAAAACACUGGCCACGAGCCACUCAACAUCCGUAAGCCGUAGCUCUAUGGAGCAACCAGGGCUAAGACAUGCCCCACUCCUCUCUCACACGAAAGUAGUUUCGCGAAAAAAUGUGACAUAGAACAAAAAAACAGCGGUUGUGGUUCGUGCAAGAAGAAUUCCUCGAGUGCCUGUUUGUUUUGCUUAAUUGUUGUUUAUCUACACUCUUGAUUUUUUAGCUCUGGUGUUUAAUUAAGAAUUAUCGUUCUAUAUUUGGAAAGCGCGCUAAAAAAACGCAUAAGGAAUAUACAACCGAUAGUACGUUCGAAGCCAGACAGAAGAAGCCCCGUGCGAAGGUCUCGCAUAAAAAGUGCAGUGCAGUGCAGUGGCGUUUUUCCGUUCCAUUGUUUAAACGAGCAAAAUAGUGUGCCCAGGAUAAAUCUAGUGGCCAUUGAUGUUCGGCCGAUCCAUCGCCCAGGACUGGUCAAUAACUAAACAUUUGGUUUGAGCUGAUCAGAGCUGCCUGGUGUCUAGUAUUGAUGUGAGAAGCAUUCGAAGCAGCCUACGAAAACCUAUGCGUGGAAUCAACCAUUGAAGGUAAAUUUGGAAUUCUGUUCGCAAGGUGGAAUCGAACUAAUUUCUGAAAAACGAACGCGAUUCACGAGAAGGACGCCAGCACCAUGACGAACGACAGCGGCAACAAGACCGGGAAAAUGGACUCACGCAUCGGCCUGGAGUAUAUCGUUGAGAAUAACGACUACGUCAACAAGCUGGGCCUUGCCCUGGACACUAGCAAUGCGACGGUGAAGAAGCAAGUGUUUGAACUGCUGUCGGCGCUGUGUGCCUACAGUUCGAACGGAUACAAGCGGGCGAUCGAAACACUGGAACACUACAAGAACAUCAAAGGCGAACGCUAUCGACUUAAUAUAGUUGUCGUGGAGCUAGACAAAACAACCUCAGUCGAGUAUCAGAUUGCGUUAUUAGCGUUUAUAAAUUGUGUUAUAAUAUCGGCAGCCACGCUGCAGGAUCGGAUUCGAAUGCGAAAUGAAUUUAUAGGUUUAAAUUUACUGCCAGUAUUAAACAAUCUCAGGCGUAUCGCCAGUAACGUACCGGACAUCGGAGUGCAAAUCGACGUGUUUGACGAGCAGCGAGAAUGCGACGAGUCACAAAGCCUGCAAGGGCCCGACGGAAUAAAUUUAAAUUCGCAUCUUGAUGUCUUCUACGCGAUAUUGCGACAGGUCGCCGGUACUCCGCAGGAGAUACCCUUUCUCAGCAUAUUGCAGCACCUGCUACAAAUCGAUCCGAAGGAGCCGAUCAGCGACAUAAUCUGGGACACCGCCGAAACGCUUGUGCACCGUGCCACCCUGCUCGAAAACAAGGAAGCCUCCGUACGCCUGCUUCGUGCGCCCAGCAUUCAGAAAUUUGCUUGCCCCCACUGUCGGAGCGAUAUCACUAGUCCAACCCGAAGGCAAUCGGUGGGCCCCCAAACCCCGGGACCAAACACAAUUAGUUCAAUACACUCACCACCAUCGUCCUUCGCGGCAGCACCGGCGCCGCCUCCGCCUCCUCCACCCCCCAACUUAGCUCCUCCUCCUCCGCCACCUCCUCCACCCUGUGCCCCACCUCCUCCACCCCCACCAAUGGCUGGUGGUCCAGCAGCACGCGGAGGACCCCCGAUGCCACCACCUGCACCUCCCUCACCUAAUCUACUGUCUGUGAAAGCCCAUGAACUUAACCGACCAAAAACUCCCGAGGCGCAGGUUGAAAUUAUCAAGCCACUGCCUCAGCAGGAAACUCCAGUCCCCAGAUCCAAAAUGAAGACCAUCAACUGGAACAAGAUUCCUCCUCAGAAGGUAUUCGGAAAGCCAAAUAUCUGGUCCAUCGUAGCUGACUCUCACCAAGAUAGUCCUAUGGCCGAUCUUAACUGGGACGAAAUGGAGGGGCUUUUCUGUCUACAGCAAACCCAAGGCUCGCCAAAGCUUGGUCGAGAAACUGGCAGUGGUGGAACGGACACCUUGGAACGAAAAUCACGGAAAGAGAAUGAAAUUACUCUGCUGGAUGGGAAGCGUAGUUUGAACGUCAAUAUCUUCCUCAAGCAAUUCCGAUCUUCCAACGAAGACAUCAUCACGCUGAUCCGCAACGGUGAACACGAGGACAUCGGUGCGGAGAAACUGCGUGGAUUGUUAAAAAUCCUGCCGGAAGUUGACGAACUGGAGAUGCUCAAAUCAUUCGACGGUGACAAUAAUAGGCUAGGGAACGCGGAAAAGUUUUUGUUGCAACUGAUACAAGUGCCUAACUACAAGUUACGAAUCGAAAGCAUGUUACUAAAAGAGGAGUUUAAAGCGAAUUUAAUUUAUCUGGAACCAAAUAUAAAUGCAAUGCUUUACGCGGGUGAAGAUCUGAUGAACAAUAAAGCCUUACAAGAGGUUCUAUACAUGGUUGUGGUCGCCGGGAACUUCCUGAACUCGGGUGGAUACGCGGGCAAUGCUGCCGGUGUUAAGCUGUCCUCGUUGCAGAAAUUAACGGACAUUCGGGCGAAUAAGCCGGGUAUGAACCUGAUACAUUUCGUAGCACUCCAGGCGGAGAAGAAGAACAUCGAACUGCUGGAGUUUCCCGGUCAGAUGUCGACGCUGGAAAAUGCUACCAAAACGACUGUGGAGCAGAUAAGUAAUGAAAUCAAUGCCAUAGACAACCGAAUUAAGAAGAUAAAGCGACAGAUUGAACUGCCAAAGACGGAAGAGGAGAUCAAGUACCAAAUGGGGGAGUUUAUCACAGCUGCCGAAAGGGAUAUUCAAAUGAUGCAGCGUGCGCUAAAAGAACUGGAAGCAAUGCGUCUACUGCUGGCUGACUUUUUCUGCGAGGAUGUUGCGUCAUUUAAAAUGGAAGAAUGCUUCAAGAUAUUCCAUAACUUCUGCGAAAAGUUCCAACAGGCUGUGAAGGACAACGAGAAACGACGGAUUCAAGAGGAACAGGCAUCACUCCGUCGGAAACAGCGCGAAGAGCAACUGGCUCUCAAACGACGACAAUCGAACCAACCGGGAACUCCAGUCUCUGACUCGGAGAAUAGUCUACUGUUGGAUCCGUCCCAGUAUGACAUGCGAUACAGUCCGGCAAUGUCUCGAAGACGAAUAGGAUCGUUUGCCAGCAACGGGGAACCGGUGUUACUGCGAGAAGACUGUGCCUCUCCGGAUAUCACACCAAACGGGAGUCUACGCAGACGUCGAAGUCGAGUACUGUCGGAAGAGGAUGAAGGCAAUCUCAUGGACUUUCUUCGUUCGUCUGGUCAUGAAAAUGGCAGUCGGGAGAGGAAAUCCGUAUCGUACGGUGGUAGUCUCGAUCGCUCCUGGGCACGUCGAGCACGUUCCGGUAGUGGCAGUAAAAAGCGUCCAGAUCUGCUCAAUGUGGACUUUGGUAAUGAUCGGGAACGUCCGAAUUCGCCUUCGCCACUAGUCGAAUCGAAGCCUCUGCCAGUGGAAGAAAACAAACCAAGAAUUUCCAGGGAAUGGCGUCAAAAGAUCGAAUCGUGGCUGCAGGCGAAUGAAGCGGACGAGAAGCAGAACGAAGACUACAAGAAGAAACGGAAACUGCUGGCAGUGAACCGUCGAUCAUAUGAGACUGACAAUGAGAGCGAUCGAGGCAGCAAGCUUGAUCCUCUGCCAGAGGAAAAGCAGCCUUCUGUGACUUCGCCCGAACGUCCUCUUGAUCAGUUACCAACCAGCUAUGAACGGGUGUAUCCCGAUUGGAGGCCAUCUAGUGCACUAGAGAAGACUGACGUUCUAGGAACCAUGGAAGCAAUAGCAGGAGCUGUCCCGUCCACUCAGGAUAAAUCGGCUCUGCGUAAAUCUAGUUUGAACAGUCAAGAAGACCCGGAUAAUCGCCGGUAUCGAAGGCAAAGGUCACGUGAAAGUGUUCCACCAAGCUCAAGCCUUCAGUCCAUACUCGAGGAAGACAAGCGCAAAUCAGUCAUCCAAUCGCUAGGCGAUCGACCACCAUCUGAUCGGUUACAAAUUUACAUUCGUCGAGGUUCGGACAACACCUCACAACCAGAGAGUACAGUAACUUCACCAAAACCAUCCACAAGCACAAGCGAAGACAACAAGCAAUCCAUUUACAUUCGUCAGACCCUUGGAAGCGAGUAUUCCAAGUCAAAAUCCAUUCCCAACGCUGAAAAGCAAUCGAUUUACAUCCGGCCGAAUGACAACACUCCGUCCACAAUUUCGUCGAUCAAUUCGUCCUGCACUAGCACAAGCGAUAAUCAAUUACCAGAGGUUAUCCCAUCGGUAGCACCUCCACCACGAAGAGCCCGUCGAACGCAUCACAUCUACGAUGAAAAAACGAACAACAAAAUUGAAAUUGAUUCCGAUAACAUCGAAACACCACCAUCCAUUCGGAAGAGUUUCAACCGCGAUCAUCAAACCCCCAUUAACAGUAGCUCCUGUCGGAAGAUCCACUCUUCAUCGGACCAGGCCAACGAAUCCGAAUCGAAAGGUCUUGCCGAGCCAGAGGCCCUGGGUGAUGGCCAGUUCGAUCGCUUUUCGUCAACACGUCGAACGCGACGUUUCAAACGACCCGUAGAUCUAAGCAGUGGCAACGAAACUACCUCGCCGGAGUCCCUGCCGGAUAAUCCGUUGAUGCUGGAAACGGUUCGAAAUCCGGUGGUAGCCGCCGUAGCAGAAAUUGAAUCUACCGAGAAACAGAAAGAACUGCGUUUGAAACGCUGGCAGGAUAAGCUAAACAUAUCCAGCGGAGUUGAAGAUCGAAGUAAGAGUUCGGAAGUAACUGCUAGAUCAACACGAACUGGGCGCAAUUUGAGUAGAAUAAGUCAAGAUGAUGUCCGGCAGGCUAUCCGGAGUCUUAAGUCACCUACGCCAGAAAGAAGCUGGAGCCCACCGAAGGAAAUAGUCCGGGAGGCUCCAAGCACUGUGAAGGUAAUUAGUCAUGAGCUGAACGACGAAGGAUUCGAAGAAACACAAAGUCUAGUUUCCGAUACUCCCUCACACGGCAAAGAAAGUACGUCUUCCUGUAACGAAUAUGGAUCUGAUUUCAAAAACAAAAAGGUUAUAAAACCAUCCGUCAGCGGAAUGGAUAGUAGUCCGAAGAAAACUCCCGUCAGGACUAGUCCGAAUCUUCCCAGUUUAUUGAUGAACAAAAAUCAGUCUGCCUUGGAGCGUAGUAAAUCCCUGAGGGGGACUCCGCCAUCUCUAGUCAAUAAGAAUCUGUUACCACGUCGAACGAAUUCGAUGAGAAAAUCUGACUCACCGUUGAUUGGUGCGAACGUCACCAAACAUCAGCUGGAUGUAGAGCGGAGCAAUUCACGAACCAGUUUGCGAUCAUCGCGCUCUUCGCUGAGCAGUGCGGUGUCAACGAAAACAGUCAAAAAGGUGCCAUUACGCCCAAAGUCAUCACCACUCACGACGACCAGUGGUCCGAGUGCCAUUCCCACGUCACUUUCCGCACACACGUCACCCGUCAAAAGGCCUCUGAGUGCCGGUAGCUCCAGGGUACCCCUGUCGGGAACACCUGCAAGCCGUAGCAGCUCCAGUGGUUCCAGUAUAGGACCGAGCUCAGCAACGAUGGCAGCUGCCAGAAAACCUCCACUAAAAACUACCGUUUCCAGUGCCCUGGGACCUAGCACUAGCUUUAAAGAAAACCAAAAUCAAAAUACCAUUCGUAGUAAGCUGCAAAUCAAGACGGCAAGUAAUACCAGUAUCGCCAAUUCGGGUGGCGGCAGCUCGUCCGGAUCGAAUGCUACGACGACCCGAAUCAGUACUCCUCGGAGUACUGUAAGUGCGACGUCUCGUACCGGAGGUUUCAUGCGUCCGACCACCUCCAGUGCUACUAAAGUCAAAGGAAAAUAAAUCUAAUCUAAUGCGAAUCGACGGUCGAAGGCAAAGACGUUUUUUGCUCCGGCAACCAAGAAGCGCUGCAAUGAAAAUGCAAAAAAUUAUGUCAAACCUUUCUUUUUUCGUUCUAUUCCAUUAUCUUUAAGUCAAUGCAAUACAAUUUUGGACUUACCUUUGGCAGCAAUAAUACUUACAAAUUGUGUUUUCAACAGGAGCUCGUCACCUGUCGGUGAUCGUUGUAUACAACUUCUAGCAGCUUUACUUAUGCAAUUGAUCCUUCACUUUCGCUUAUUUCGGGCCAAAUUAAAACAAAACUAAUAAAUAGAAAUCUCCGUCCAGCAAUGUCCUAUUUAAAACCAGUGGAAUCAUACUCAAUUCAAUCGGAGUGACUAUCAAACCUACUUUUAAAAUUGACGAUGGUUUACACGUUACAAAAUAUAUUUUUUCGAGUGGUUUACAAUGCACAUUAUCAUUCAUAAAUAGGAUGUGCUAGCAAAUGCCAAAUAGAAAUCUGUUAAAGCUUUGCAUAUUGAUACCCCAACAAGGAAUCAAAAUUAUAUUUAAAAUCACAAGUCUGUUGUUUAAUCGAAAUAACAUUACCUUAGCUUUUGUAAAAAACAAAAAAAAUCUUGACUAAUAAGUAACUGUAUGCUACAAUUAUUAGGUGCGAAUAUUAACCGUUGUGUUUAUUUACAAAGCUUUUGCUUUCACGAAGCACUCGCCGUUCACGCUGCGAAUACGGUAAGGAUGCAAGUAUUAUAGAAAAAAGUGACGAUCAAAUCAAUGAACUUGUGAAUGUGAGCGAAUAUGUUUAAAAAAUACAAUCGUUUCUUACCCUAUCUCUCUCUCUAUUAGACUUUAUUUGACGGGGAAAAAGUCCCAUUGAUGAGCGAUAUUUUUACUCGUUUAAUAAAAAUAACAAUCCAGCAGACGACGUGCACUGCAAUAGUUGUUAAAUCGUUGUAAACUGAAACCGAAGCAAGCCAUUAAGCAAUUUGUAUAACAAUACUACCAACUGUAUAGGAUGAAAAUGAAAAAAAAAACGUGUGACGUUGAUAGCUGUUAGAAACAGAUAAACUUCUCUUCGCCUCUAAGCUAGAUAGAUUUGACUAAAAGAAUUAAGACAUUUUCUAAACAAUCAAAUGAAAUCGCGUGCUGUUUGUCUCCGAGUAAUAUAACAAAUAAGAAGUGAGUAGGCCUACCCUUUCCCUCUAAUUAAUAACAGUCUAUUAAAAAUAUGUUUCGUGUAGCUGUACUAUAUGUUAAAUUAUCUGGUUUCGGAUCAAAAUUUUGGGUAUUAACUAUACAUUUGACGCGUAUUUUUCGGAUAAAUUGUAUUGAUCAAAAUUGACCAGUAUUUAGAUGCUAACGCAAAUGAGCAACAGGCAUGCGAUUAUAAGUUAUUGGAUACUAAUCGUACUAACCAUAAUUAAGCGCGCGCGUAUAAAAUGAAGCGAAACUUAGCGGAGAAUAGAAACAAACGACCUAUUGGGAGCUGCCGAUCGGAACCCAACUGUUACUGGAACAGCAAUAGACAACAAUGUUUCAAGAGAUUGUGUACAUUUUAGAAAACGAAAUAAAUUUUUUACGACA